AUGGACAUCAACCCUGAGGUUGCCCAAGUCCACCUUGCCUUCCGCGCCGAAUACCUGCGACGAUGCACCGAUGACCUCUACAAGUGGCAGGCGGCCCAUCGCACCGGUGACAAGCUCGUCUUGCACGACGGCCCCCCCUACGCCAAUGGCGGCCUCCACGUCGGCCACGGCCUCAACAAGGUCCUCAAGGACAUGAUCCUGCGCGUCCAGGUCCAGGAGGGCCGCCCCGUCGAAUACCGCCCGGGCUGGGACUGCCACGGCCUGCCCAUCGAGCUCAAGGCCCUCAGCGAUGCCCAGGGCAAGGGCAUGACCGCCGUCGAGAUCCGCACCGCCGCCCGCGCCCUCGCCGCCAAGACGGUGCGCGAGCAGAUGGACGGCUUCCGCUCCUUCGGCGUUAUGGCCGACUGGGACGCACGCUGGACGACCAUGGACCCCGACUACGAGAUCAGGCAGCUGCGCCUGUUCCAGCAGAUGGUGCGCGACGGCCUCAUCUACCGCAAGCACAAGCCCGUCUACUGGUCGCCCUCGUCGCGAACCGCCCUCGCCGAGGCCGAGCUCGAGUACAACGAGAACCACGUGUCGACAGCGGCCUACGUCCGAUUCCCCAUCAUCGCCGCUGACGCCGUCAUGGACGAGCUCCGGCGCGCGCGCGCAGGCUUCGAGGGCGGACACCUGUACGCCAUCAUCUGGACGACGACCCCCUGGACCCUGCCCGCCAACAGGGCCAUGGCCGUGCACGACGAGCUCGACUACGACGUCGUCGCCAUCCGCGGCGACGCCUACAUCGUGGCCCAGGCCCGAAGCGAAAUCCUCGACACCCUCUUUCCCGACACCCGCCGCGAGAUCCUGUGGUCGACCAAGGGCGCCAACCUGAAGCAGCUGCGGUACGCCAACAGGCUGCGGGGCAGGGCGGCCGCCUCGCAACCCGUUAUCCACGCCGACUUUGUGUCGGCCGACUCGGGCUCGGGUCUCGUGCACUGCGCCCCCGGCCACGGUUUCGAUGACUACGCCGUCUGCUCUGGCCUGGGCAUCGACGCCGCAGCCCCCAUCGACGACGAGGGCCACUUCACGAGGGACGCCUUCCCCGACGCCCCGGAACGCCUCACCGAGGCCUCUCCGAUCCUCAAGGGCGGCAGCAAGGCCGUGCUGAAGCUCCUCGAGGAGCACGCCGACGUGCUGCACGUCGAGAAGUACAAGCACAAGUACCCUUACGACUGGCGUACCAAGCAGCCCGUCGUCAUCCGCGCCACGCAGCAGUGGUUCGCCGAUGUCGACAGCAUCAAGGACAGCACGCUCGCCGCCCUCCGAGACGUCAAGUUUGUGCCCGACGCCGGCCGCAAGAGGCUCGAGAGCUUCGUCGUCGGCCGGAGCGAGUGGUGCAUCUCGCGCCAGCGCGCCUGGGGCGUCCCCAUCCCCGCGCUCUACGACGCCGAGGGACGUGCCGUCGUCACCGACGAAUCGGUCGACCACAUCAUCUCGGUCAUCCGCGCGCGCGGCAUCGACGCCUGGUUCGCCGACGCACCAGAGGAGCCCGCCUGGAUUGCGCCCUCCCUGCCCCGCGGCAACACCACCUACCGCCGCGGCACCGACACGAUGGAUGUCUGGUUCGACAGCGGCAGCAGCUGGACGCAGAGCGAAGGCCAGGCCGAUGUCUACCUCGAAGGCUCCGACCAGCACCGCGGCUGGUUCCAGUCGAGCCUCCUCACCUACGUCGCCGCGCAGAGGCAGAAGGCCUCUGCCGCGCCGUCGGUCUCGCGCGCGCCCUUCAAGACGCUCGUCACCCACGGCUUCACCCUCGACGCCAAGGGCAAGAAGAUGUCCAAGUCCCUGGGCAAUAUCAUCUCGCCGGCCCAGGUCAUGGACGGCACCCUCCUGCCGCCGCUCAAGCUCCGCGGCGAGGCGAAGAAGGCGGCCAAGGGUCCCGUGUACGACGCCCUGGGCCCCGACGCCCUCCGCCUGUGGGCCGCCUCGUCCGAGUUCACCAAGGACGUGGCCAUCGGCGCGACGACGCUCCAGUCGAUCCACUCGGUUCUCAUCCGCUACCGCACCAUCCUGCGCAUGCUCCUCGGUUCCAUGCACCCCGCGGCCCGCACCGCGCCGCUGACCGCCGCCGACAGCAUCGCGCUCGUGCAGCUCGAGGACGUGACGGCCGACGUGCGCGCCGCCUUUGCCGCCCACGAGUUCUACAGGGCCUUUGCCGCCGUCAACCGCUGGGUCGCCAACGACCUGUCGGCCUUCUACCUCGAGGCGUCCAAGGACAGGCUCUACUGCGGCGACGGCGGCGGCGUCAUCGAGCCCGUCUUCCACGGCUUCCUGCGCAUGCUCGCCCCCAUGGCGCCUCUCCUGGUCGAGGAGGCCUGGGCGCACCGGCCCGCGUGGAUGCAGCGGGACGCCUCGCUCACGCACCCGCUCCACGCCCUCGCGUCGACGCCCCUCUUCGACCCCGCCCGCCUCACCCACGACCCGGCCGCCCUCCGCGCCGACCUCCCCCUCCUCCUGUCUGUGCACGCCGCCGUCAAGGCUGCCCUCGAGCGCGCGCGCCUCGCCAAGAGGCUCGGCUCCAGCCUGCAGUCCGCCGUCGUCGUCUCCGUGCCCGCCGCGCCCUCUGCCGCCGUCCUGGCGCGGUACGCCGCCGACCUCGACGCCCUCUUCGUCGUGUCGUCUGUCGAGGUGCGGGUCGGCGCCGCGCCGCCCGAGGUGCCCUUUGCGCAAGAGUUCGAGGCCGACGCUGGCACCAAGGGCGUUGUCAGUGUGCUGCCGCCCACGGGGUGCAAGUGCUCGCGGUGCUGGCGCUACGUCGCCGAGGCGGAGGACAGUCUCUGCGGAAGGUGCGAGGAGGCCGUCGAGGCGCUGGAGGCGCUGGAGGCCGUGGAGGGCCAGACGUGA